AUGAUGGUGACCCAGCAUCGCGCCUUCUCGGCCAUUCAGACGACUGGGUCAUUCACCCUCAAACGGCCUGGCUCUUUACAAAGCAGCUCCUCAGGCAGCCACAGCGAUACUUCCAAAAGCAUCACCAGCAGCGACUCGGGUGAGCAGACGCUCAAUUCGGACUGUUCUAUCGUCUCCUCGAUUCAGGGUGGGCGACCACAUCAGGGUUUCCUUAACAGUGACGACGACGAGGAGGAUUGGAGCAUAAGUGAAAAGCCAGGCGUUGUCACCUCUGUGACGAAUUUCUCCUCAUACGAGCAAAAUGAUGAGCAGCCCCAAUUAACGGCCUACCGUCUAAUUACUGCCUUGGAUAUAUGGAUUAGGGAUGUGCGGGUGCACACAGAACCGGAAGCAUUUGACGCACUGAUCAACAAGCCCCUAUUAAAGUCAUCCUCAUGUAAAUAUUGCUGA